AUGUCGCAAUCUCGUUUCCAUCAAGAAGAAGAAGAAAUGCAAGAAGAACAAAAUGGAGAAAAGUCAAAGUAUGUUACUGUUUCUUCCUCAUCAAGAGUGAAGUCAUUCUUUCAGUUUGAUCCUUGUGAUUUAAUUGAUGAUACAAUCAGUGCUGUAACACAAUACAUCAACGAUGCUCUUGUUUCUUUUUCAGAACAUCUCAAAGCAAGCAAAUUUUCUCAAAGCGAAAUUGAUGAAAUUCGUGCAAAAAUUACAAGGGAAAUUUCAAAUUCGCUGGCAGUCAAUGCAGAUCUAUUUGAAAUGUAUCUUCUCCGAAAUAUAUUUAAUAUUCCACUUUCAAUCGACUUGGCUUCUGUAGUCACAAAUAAUUUUACAGAAAACUCAGCAACAUCAGAUAGCAUUGCUUCAAUUGCAGACAUACCUUCUAUUAAAACAACUAAUAAAGACUUAAAUGACCAAAUUGAAGAUUUACGCCAACAAAUCAUUCAUAAACACAAACAAUACACUGAAUUAUGUCAUAGUAUUCAAGAGAAGGAAGUUCAAGCACUUUAUCUUGAAAAUCUUGUAAAACGAUUUGAUAGAAUUGAAAAAGUUUUGAAACAAAUUUCUUCAUUACCGACAGAGGAAGCAAGAAAACUCUGCGAAAGCUCGGAAGAUUGCUUAAGAAAGGCACAGGAGAUUCAAGAAAGAGUUCAAAGUGCGACUCAAAAUAAUUUGAAUUUUCAGAAAAAUUCAUUUACUUUUGACUGA